AUGAUAUUGGUACCGGAAAAUAAUUUGGAUAAUUACUUACGUCAACAACGCUUAACGACCCCGCCGACUGUGACAAAAAUGGCACAAUUAGAUGGUGAAAUGAAAACUGUUUUAGACAGGGAUGACACUUCCCAGGAUGAAAAAGCAAAGCUCUACAGUCAAAUAUUAGAGAACUAUCUUCAUUUCAAAGGGAAGCGAAAUGUGGAAAACACCGAACCAAUCCCUGUGCAAUUGUCGGAAGAAACAAAAAAGGGAACAAAAGUCAUUAGAACCACAACGCCGGACAAUGUUGAAAGACAAAGUGUGGGGGAUAUUAUUGAAGUAUUACCGAAAAAGUUGCAACAAAAGGCUAAAAUCCUUUUAAGACGUAUUCAAGAUAAUUCGAAAAUUUUAGAUUGGAAUGAUCGGGGCGAACUAAAAUACGGUGGAGAAACUUUGCCCAACACAAAUAUCACUAAUCUUUUAGGCGACUCGCUUAAAUACAAAAAAAAUAAUAAGCCGAAGGGAUACGAAAUUUUUACAAAAGCCUUGAGUGAAAUGAAUCUCCCAGAGGAACUAAUACGAAACCCGGAAAGACUUCAACUUUUUAAAACUUACGUGUACGAAAAAACCCCAGAUAGAGGAAAAAUUCGUAAAUCACUACAAGAUGACAUACCGGGCCCUUCACCGACUAAGAAAAGAGCUAAAAAAUUACAGUGGCAAACAAAUUUUUAA